AUUGGGCUUCCAUAGCUGAGCUGUGGGAUUCAAACCCUGGUCUCCAGAGUCAUAGUCCAACACUCAAACCAUGCAACAGCUAGUCUCUAGAAACUCUUGUUUCCUAUACUUCCACUGGCAGUGCUUGCAGAUAUGGCUGGGGGUGUAGUACAGAAGUCAUGAAAACAGCCAGUGGGGUGGGGGUGCCUUUUUAAACCACUGAGAAGGAAGGGAAAAGACCCACGAUUGGGAUCUCUGGAGAAAGAAUCCAUCAGAAGCAAAGCACCAGCCCAGCUCUUCCAACAGGGUGACCUGGGGUCCUAUUUUACACAAUUAAAAUAAUAACCCUCAAGUCGAAAGCUCACUCUCCAUUGCCCUUGUUGGAGCUGCCUCUGUCCUGUGCAAAUUAUUAGUGGAGAAAUGGUAGAAACACAAUUAAGCAAUAUAAUCUCCAGGCUAAAACCAACCAGUCUUAAAAUCCAUCUUAGUGUAAGUAGGGACUUCUCUUUUUUUGUAAAUGCAAUUUAAAUUUUUUCGUAGCGGCUACGAAAAAGUGUUAGAACAGAAGGGUGGGUAAGUGCUACACAAGCCAGAUGUGUAAGGAAGCAGUGGAAGAUCAGGGGGGAAUGAAGAAGGCCAGUCUUACUCCCAGCUGCAUCUCUGGUUAGUGGCCUUGCUCCCAGUAGUUAAGGCUGCCUUGCGAUACAAGAUAUAAAGCAAGAGUUUUCUGUGAUAUAGUAGCCCCUUCCAGCCUAGUGCCUUGGCUCUCUGAGCUUUUCUUUCUCACAGUCCUCAAGGAAACAGCACAUGCCUUUGGCCUUGGAAUCUGCUUCUCCCCCCCCCCCUUCUCUCUCUCUCUCUUAGAUUGGGAAAUGGGAGUUAUGUAAAUUAAAGCUGGAUGGUUUCUUUCUCUCCCUCUCUGAAGAGCUAUAAAUAGAAUGAAGAUAUUCUUUGCUACAGAUGCAGACUGGAUUAUCUGAAGAAUUGGGAAGAACAACAGAAGUCACAGCUUGCUCUCUUCCCACUCAUUUUAUGAAGAUAUUUGUCGGCAUUAAUGCAUCUGAUAUUAACUUCUCAGCCGGCCGAUAUGACACUUCAGCUAAGCCCCCAUUUGAUGCAGGUUUUGAAGGAAUUGGUGAAGUGGUGGCCCUGGGCCUAAGCGCAAGUGCUAGAUACACAGUAGGCCAACCAGUGGCCUACCUGAAACCUGGUGCCUUUGCUGAAUAUAUCGUUGUGCCGGCUAAAGAAGCCAUCCCAGUACCUUCUGUGAAACCUGAGUUUCUGGGACUUCUGGUAAGUGGAGCUACAGCAUAUAUCAGUCUGAAGGAGCUUGGAGAAUUGUCUGAAGGGAAGACAGUUCUGGUGACAGCAGCGGCUGGAGGAACUGGUCAAUUUGCUGUGCAACUUGCAAAGAAAGCAAAAUGCCAUGUAAUUGGAACUUGUUCCAGUGAUGAGAAAUCUGGCUAUUUGAAAUCCAUUGGCUGUGACCACCCUAUCAACUAUAAAACUGAAAAUCUUGCUGCUGUCCUUAAGAAGGACUACCCAAAUGGUGUGGAUGUAGUGUAUGAAUCUGUUGGUGGAAAGAUGUUUGACUUGGCUGUCAACUCCUUGGCUACCAAAGGGCGUCUGAUAAUUAUUGGGUUUAUUUCUGGCUACCAAACCCGUACUGGCCUUCCGCCUGGUCAGGUAGAGAUGCUGCCAGCAAAACUGCUAAGAAAAUCUGCCAGCAUCCAAGGCUUCUUCUUAAACCAUUACUUGUCUGAAUAUCAAAUGGCUAUGAAGCACUUGGUCAAAAUGUGUGAGAACAGAGAACUGGUCUGUGAGGUAGACGUUGGAGACAUGUCUCCAGAGGGCAGGUUCUCUGGUUUAGAGUCAGUAUUUCGUGCUAUAGAUUAUAUGUACAUGGGGAAAAACAUUGGAAAAAUUGUAGUAGAAUUACCUCACUCUGUCAACAGUAAGCUGUAAAAACAGAACAAUGAUAUAAAUCAACAGAGAAAAAAUGACUAUGUUAGGCUUCUUGAAAAUUAAAACAGUUUAAUUUUUUUAAAGUUGGCAAAGGGCAACAUACUAAAAUAGCAUUUAUGCACUAAUAAAAAAAAUGUUUCAUUUCCAAAGCAUUACCUGUAUAUUAUUUACAAAUACAGUUUCUCAUUGUUAUUCCUUUAAACAGAAACUACAUUUUUUGUCUGGAACUUUUGAAUGAAUUUUUGAUCAGGCUUGAACUGAAUUGGAAUAUAAUUCUCAUAAUAAAAAGCUGAUCCUCUAUAAUUGGGUAAAAAAGGCAUCUGAGGCCUCAAUCCAAUGUAAGUUUACCUGGGAGGAAGUCCCAUUUACCUCUGAAGGCUUACUUUUGAGUAGGCCAGUAUGAAUUACACUGUUAAGACAAUUGUGUUUACACACUUACCUGAAAAUAUGUCUCAUUGGUAUCUCAAAUUAAAUCUGUUACAUAUUUUAUUACAGUAUUUAAAUUUGAAAUGAUGAACACAGUCCAUCAGGGCAUUCUACUGAAAAAUGAGAAAAAAAGACCUACUGAGCAAACAGUGUUCAGAGGAGCUUACAGAGAACAACAUCCUAGAGGCAUGUGACCAAUAAUUUAAAUAAGGAAGAAAUGUGACCUCUUUUUCAUGACGACAGUUGCAGACAAAAUCUUAAUUUUCCAAGGUAGUCAAAUUUCUAGUUUAGCUGGGAAACAUAUCUAGUUGAUUGCAAAUUAACCAAGUUUACUAACUCCACGUUUUCCUUUAUGUUUUGAUAUAUUCAUCUUACAGUGUUACUUUUAAAAAGUAUAUAAUUUGGCUACAUACAUGGAUUAACUGGACAAGCAUUACUGUAAUAGCACAUUCUGCUACUAAAGUAAUCUAGAAACAGUGGAGCAGCUGAAGCCCACAAAGAGUUCUGUGUUCAUACUGCCCUACAAGAAAAUAGACGUUGACUAGAUUGGUUGGUUCAAAUGGCACCACCGUGGGCUGUGCUACCUUAUGCAGUAAGAAAAUAUAUGUAAAACAUUAAAAAUUGUUUGAUUUGAA